GGCCCCGCCCCACAAGGCCUCGCCGCGACCAGGCCCGCGCGUCCCGAGCCGAGUCCGGCUGCGCGCCCCGCCGCAAGCAUGAGCGUCCCCGCCGCGCCCCCCAUCUUCGCCCCCGGCGAGAACUGCAGCCCCGCGUGGCAGGCGGCGCCCGCGGCCUACGACGCGGCGGACACGCAGCUGCAGAUCCUUGGCAAGCCGGUGAUGGAGCGCUGGGAGACCCCCUACAUGCACGCGCUGGCGGCUGCCGCCACCUCCAAAGGGGGCCGAGUGCUGGAGGUGGGCUUCGGCAUGGCCAUCGCAGCUUCCAAGGUGCAGGAGGCCCCUAUUGAGGAGCACUGGAUCAUCGAGUGCAACGACGGCGUCUUCCAGCGGCUCCAGGACUGGGCCCAACGGCAGCCACACAAGGUGGUUCCCUUGAAAGGCCUGUGGGAGGACGUGGCACCUGCCCUGCCAGAUGGCCACUUUGAUGGGAUCCUGUAUGACACCUACCCACUCUCCGAGGAGACCUGGCACACACACCAGUUCAAGUUCAUCAGGGACCAUGCCUUUCGUUUGCUGAAGCCUGGGGGCCUCCUGACCUACUGCAACCUCACCUCCUGGGGGGAGCUGAUGAAGACCCGGUACUCUGACAUCACCGCCAUGUUUGAGGAGACGCAGGUGCCCGCCUUGCUGGAGGCGGGCUUCAGGCGGGAGAACAUCGGUGUGGAGCUGGUGGAGCUGGCCCCGCCGGACGAGUGCCGCUACUACGCCUUCCCGCAGAUGAUCGCACCCCUGGUCCGCAAGCACUGAGCCUGCCGGGCCUCGGGCUCAGCCUGCGGGGGGGCUUCAGUCCUGUCCCAGUGGCCCCACUCAGUGCCUUCACAGCCAGAAGUGCAGGCUCUGGGCUCUCGGUCCUGGGUUUGAGUCCAGACACACCAGCAGUGGGACAAGCUUCCCUGAACGUGUCCUCAAGGACCCAAUAAACGCCAGCCCUGGGCUUGCCCAACUGGCAAGAUGGCGCAAACAUGUGCUUGUGGUGACUUCUCCUGCUCCUCCAAACAGGACACGUACAGAACAUCAUCAUCUGUUGAACCGACCUCCGGGGAGAUGGGGGUGGGGGAGGCCUCUCUGCCCCCAGCACGUGAGGUUCCCUGUGCGCGCGACAGACCUACAGGACCACUGGGUCAUAGCAGACAGACACUCGUCAGCCCCUCCCCCAACCGGCCACUGAAGCAGAGAGCAGGUGGCACGCGUCAGGGCCACGCAGCCACCAAGUCCCUGGUCCCACCCCGUCAGGUCAGGCAGAGGGCCUUCAACAAAGCGAAACCUUUAAUCCCAGGACCCUCAACUCACCCCUCCACGGGCGCCAAGCGCGCCUGCCGCUGCCCCCAGGGCUACGCGCUCUUGUGUCCGCAGGCUCUCGGCCUGUCCACCGUCCUCCUGCAGGGCCUCAGUGGCUCCGUGCACAGGACUAGGCCUGC